AUGAUUGGUAAGAGGGAGCAAGAGACUGGAUCCGAUUACGCGGGAAAUUCAGUAAUGGCGGCAUCCGGAGACGAAAUAGAAGACAACGACUACGAAGCGUUGGCUUAUCAACAGGUUAUAAUUUCCUUGACCGACAACUUUUUCAUGGUUUAGCAAUAUUUAAAUAUAUAUGUUUGUAUAUAUUCUAGCGUUUGAAAGCAGCUCUUCAUUACACAGUCGGCCGCAUUUGCGAGAAAACAGGUGAGCGAAUUUACGUGUUGAUGCACGCAGAAAGACUGCUGAUCUUGGAUGAAGUAGAAUAAGCUUAAGCUUUGAACUUAAAUUUAUAGAGGCAGCUUGUGUUUCUGACAAUACAAAGACAUGUUUAAGCCUUACUUUUAAGUUAAUUAGGUUUUAUUGGCAUCCAAACAACUCAAUCUUGUUGUAGUUUUGGUUUUAGUAUUUCUAAACGAGCUGGAGUAACCAUUUCGGACCGUGGAAAUCAGUAUUCACAGUCAGUGUAUUCCCCCAACAUGUUCUGCUGGUUGGCCCUGGGGUCAUACCCUAGGGGCAAGCCGAUGAUGUGUGUUAUGAUUAAAUGUUGUUUCUUCUCUGCUAAACAGCAUCGUCAACAAUGUAAUAUCAACUUACCCCACCACACUUGAUUUUUGUAGGGGAUGAAACAGGAGUACAGUUUUCUAGGAGGUUUAUUGCUGCCCUUACAGAGACGACAUUCAAGCAGUGUGGUAUGUUAAUUUCACUAAAACAUAUAUUCACUCUUUCUAAUGUGUAGAUGUUGUGGUUAAUUUUUUAUCUCUGGUAAUUUUUAUUUUUCUUUUGUUUUUGGGUAUGGUAAUGUAUGCUAAUGAAGUUGAAACCAAAGAAAAAUGAUAAAAAAUUAUCUACAAUAUAUACUUUGUUUGAAGACACUAAAUCGGGCAGAAUAACAAAAGCAUUACUGGAAAACAAUUCUCAAAGAAAAAGACUUCUACACUUUUUCCUUUUAUGAAAUGCUGAGAAAUGAAAGUACAAUGUCCCUGAGCAAAGUUCAGCCAAAGAGGUUUCAUUUGAAAGGUUAUACCACAGACUUAGAACUUUACUAGACUCCAUUAUUCACAGGUUUGAAGGGAGAGGCCAUGGAAAGCUUACACACUAUUUCCUUGGAAUAAAGUAUUAGCGGAACCCCAUACCUAAGAAAAUUUGGUUAUCUAUCCAUCCCAGAAAUCUUGGUAAUCACAUGACUGUAAUCUCGUACCCAGAUCUCCCACAGCAAAACAGAGUGAGAUCUGGGUACGAGAUUACACAUGACUGUACAUCUGUCCGUCUGUCCAUCCGUACCACAGGAUAACCAAUGUAAAAUGUCAAACUUUCUAGCUAGUGUGGGAGCCUGUAACCUGUGUUUAACUUGAUAACAACCAUCCAUAUUAUGGUCAAUUGACAGCUGUAAAAUGGGGUAUCUGUUGACCACAGUCACAUGAUCGUAAUUCAUCGAGUUUACAUUUUUUUUUUUUUUUUGAGUUUUCCGCUGCAUGCUCAAGUGUAUGUUUUCACUUCCCUAGUGUUAAGUAUAGAUUUGUGGAUUUCUUUGCAAUGGUUUCAAGUCAAUUGUCUGAAGUAAAUUUAAAAUGCAUAAACGGGAGCUUUGCUCUAAGCUCUGGCUAAAUCUAUACACAUGUAUUGGUGAUACAUGUAGCAGAAAUAACAUGUAUAGCUUACUAGCAUUUUGUAGUUGUUUGUAAAAGUGCUUGCAUUUUCUGUUAUUUUUGGGUGAGUAACUGUGCUUUUGCUUUCACACCUGCCUAAGUGUUAAGUACUAACAUCUGUGAAUAAAUUUUAAAAACGUUAAGGAGAGGAAUACAGUGUAUGAAGAAGAGUAAGACUGUGUUACUGGUAGUACACUGGCAGUGAUGCUACAAAUAUUCUCUUUGAUAUUUUAUUUCAGAAUCUUUUGCAACAGAUUUGGAGCUUUUUGCAAAGUAAGUAAAAAAAAGAAACCCUGUAAGCUAUAUAUAUGUCGAUCAGUAGCUUCCCACAAGGGUUGAUACUCUGUGGCUGGCCACCAGGGACCAGAGGCCAUUUGUUUAAAAAUGCCUAACAAAACUUCAUACUUCAAAAGCACAGAGGUCUGGUCCAUGGAUGUGAUUUUUCAGAGAAUGUAAGUAAUGUUUUUUAAAAUCCACCCUGCCAGGCAAGAUACAAAAAGCAAAUCUCAACAAAUCCCCCUGGGAUCCUGUGGGUACCCUUAGGGUCAACCCCUAGGGAAGCCACUGAUCAAUGCACAAGGAUAUACUUUGCAUUUGAUUCAUUUCUAGAGGUGGAGUGGGUUAUUGCAGAUUGUCUUAUGGACUUAACCAAGCACUUUAGUUUCUUUGUUUGUAGUGAUAGCUUUCCCCUUGUGAUGAAGGAUUUUUUAUAAUGUUCUUAGGGCAUUUGUUUAUUCUUUUAUAUUUAGACACGCAAAAAGGACCCAAAUAAAUGCUGAUGAUGUUUUAUUACUUGCACGGAAAAGUUCAACUUUGGUGAGAGGAAAUCUGUUAUUUGUACAGGCGAUUUUGAUAUAAUAUCAUAUAAAUAAGCUUUUAUGGGUAUCUGCUACAUUGUAACAGUUGGUGUAGAAUUCAGUGGGUUUGUUAGAGCACAGCCUUAGAUCUGCUAGGGAUUUUUAGUACCUAGUGUUAAUGAAGAAUACGGUGGCAAAAUGCAGCUAAACACCUAGCCUGCAAAAAGGCUCCCAAGUGGAGCUGGGUAGAAAAGAAAAUUGUUAGCUGAAUGUGGUCUGGAGAAGAGAAGCAGAGGAAAAAGAGGCUUUUUCUCCCUAGGCCACUCUCAGCUCGUGCUCUUUUUCGCCCUGCUCCUCUUGGGAGCCUGUUCGCAGGCUCGCUGAACACCCAGUCUGAAAAUUAGGCUAUGGGGUUAGAGUGCCUGUAGCACCCGCCGACCUAAACAUUCACGGACACUUUCAGGCGCUGGUAUUUAAAUGUUUUGGUCAGUUGGUUGUUUCGUGAUACAGAUACUGCUAAUAUUCUCACUUCAUACUCAUAAAUACUUUGUUCUAGUAUGUUCUCCUCUCUGAGGGGUUAAAUGAAGCCUAAACCCCACCCAGACUGGUCUCCUUUAGGGGUUUAUUUUUUUUUCCAAACCGUAUAGUUGCCACCUCCCCCCGCUCCCUCCCUCCAGGUUCAUGUUCUUUAGGAAUGACCAGCAAAUUUCCUCUUUCUGGUGACUCUGGAUACCUGAAGAAUAAUACAUUAGACUUUAAUAUCAUUUUAUAGGCUGCACACAUGGAGAAUAUGAGUAAAGAACUGAUCAAAGCACAUGAAGCAGACAGAGCUAACAGAAAAACCAAAAAGGCAAAGAAGAGUAAACCAGCUGAGGAGGCCACUUCUACAGCAAUUGAAAUUGAAGAUGAAACCUGA